AUGGGACGCGAGCGCGUCGCCGCGUCGAGCGCGUCCGCGGCGCCCGCGAGCGCGGAGCGCGCGCGACGCGCGCUCGCGGACGCGCCCGCGGCGUCCGCGCUCUCGGGGUGCGUCGACCGCGCGAGCGACGCGAGGGCGACGCGCGCGAACGAAGGCGCGCGCGAACGACGACUGACGACGCGACGACGCGCGACGACGACGCGACGCAGGUUCGGGUUCGGUGGAUACGCCGGACAGGUGUCCCUGACGGCGCGCGCGGCGAGCGACGCGAGCGCGGACGCGGGAGAGGUGGACGAGGACGCGGCGCGCGCGCUGCGGCGAUGCGCGCAAAAGUCGUCGACGGCGACGAAGGCGAAGGCGCUGCGAGAACUCCGCGACGCGCUGUUCGUCGACGCCGCGGACGAAGAUUCGAUGGAGGAAGUGGCGAAAAAGGUGAAAACGGUCGCGGGCGUGCUCGGGGUGUCGCGGGCGUGGGCGAGGGCGUACGAUAAAUUGGCGGGCGACGGCGACGCGGGAUGUCGACGCGAGGCGGCGGCGUUGAACGGAGCGAUCGCGGUGGCGGCGGGGAAGGGACUGGGGAAGAUUUUGAAGAGCACGCCGAUCAUGUGCGCGUGGGUGCGGGGGAUGUGCGAUCCAAGCGCGGAGGUGCGAGAGAUGGCGAUGGUGGCGUUUGAGAAGACGUUUUCGACCGAUGCGCGACGCGCGGGGGCGUUGGCGCUCGCGCACGAAGUGAUUUUAGACGAUUUGAUCGAGGCUUUGAAACGGCGCGGGCCGCAGGAUAUGAUCUUUAAGGAAGGCUCAGAGGCUGAGCAGUACGCGCGUUUCGAGUUGAGCGCGCGCGCGGCUCUCAGGGCGGUGACGUUUACGUGUGAGCGAUUGAGCGCGUUUGAGGGAGACGAGAGCGACGCCGCGGCGAGCAAGUUUAGUUAUUUGCUCGAUGAGUUGGCGACGUUAAAGACGCAAAUUCGAGGUGAAUACAUGGUCAUACGCCGAGAUGCGUACGCGACGUUGGCGGCGAUUUGUAAGCGCGCGGUCGAUGACGAAAUCACCCCGGCGUGGCGAGACGCGCUUCGAGGCCAAGUGCCUAAAAUUGCCUCGACGAGCUUCGCUCUGAUUUCGUCCGAGACCGAGCCAGGAGCGAUGCGUGAUAUGUGGGAGCUCAUACUCGGUAUCGCCACUUCGCACCCCGACGCUUGGGGCGCUAUAGAUGUCGAAAAAACCUUCAUGUCUGGCUUGCGCAAGCACUUCAAACGCGGGAGCUACGGCGCCGCGAGUGUUUCGUCGCCGUCGCUCCUUCCGCUUCUCGCGCACUUGCCCCCGAAAGCGCUUAUCGAGCGCGACGCCGAUGGUCGCGCCAUGUCGGGAUUAGUGCGCGUCAUGGACGCCGUUUUUGCGGGGUGGUGUUUCUUGAGUUCGAGCGCCGUUCGCUCAAACGAGGCGCGCGAUACGCUGCCGGCGAUGCGCGAAGGCGUUUUAUACGGCGUUCUGAAGCUCGCCCCGCUCACCGAUCACGCGGAAGAGUGCGCCACGCACGUCUUGGUCGAUCACGUGGUCGAUGUGUGGAUGCGAGAGUUUUUAGCGCGCGGUAACGGCGCCGCGCUCGAUUUGAUGUGCGACGUGCUCAACGUGCUGAGCACAAAGCCGCACGCGAAGACCGCCGUCGUGGAGGCGUGGGCGAAAUUAGGAGACAUCACAGAAGCGGCGUUGGACGACCCCGAAAAAGGCGAACACGCAAAUGCGAUGUACGCUCGACUGUUUGCAUCGGGGAAAUUCGCGUCGUCGUCGCAGGCUACGGCGCCAUUCGCGAAGGCUGUUUUCGCGCAAGCAGUGGAUGCGCCGUCGAAGCAAACCUUCGAGCGAUUGGCGACCUUGGUCGAGAGUCUAGGCGUUGAGCCAUUCGACGGUGCGCAACGUUUGAUGGACUUCGCACUCGCGGACAACGCGCCACAAGGUUCGGGCGCGGUCGUCGCUGCGGUGUUGAAGCACGACGCGAGCUGGUGGAGCGCGGUGCUGGAUGACGCGAACGCGGCGGAUGAAUUGGAGUCGUCUUCGCGCGUGCGAGUCGUAACGGAAGCAAUCGCCGCCACGAAAUCGUUCGGUGAACUCAAAUGCCCGGCGCUCGAUGAUCUCGUUCGUCGAUGCGCGAAGCGAUCGAGUGAUGCUUCGUGCUCGCAACUGUUAAUCGCCAUCUCGCAGUUUUUUGAACCGGUUUCCGCCGACGUCGCAUCCGACGUCUUUGAAAGUCUCGCUUCGAGCGACCUCGGCGACGGCGCGUCGAACGCGCGUAAAGCGCUGCGCGAGUGGAUACUGAUACCGCCUAAAGAAGCACUGAGUAUUCCGUGGUCAAAUGCCGUCGGUGCACUCUUCGCACACGUGCUCUUGGAAAGUCAGCACACCGUGAAGUGCGUGAUUCACGAAGCCGAGAGCGAGGGUGAAAGCGAGGACGAGGUGGAAUACGACGAGACGAAAGUCGGAGAAGUGCAACGCGAUUGGAAAGCUUUCGAGUGCGACGCAGAGAGUAAUCCAGUACUGUCACCCGCGCUUCAGGCCGCGUUCACAACCGCCAUCGCACGCACCGCCGCGGCGACGGCGGCGACGCAACACCCAGGUGAAUCCGAUUUGGUUUUGAGAUUGUGGGCGCAGAUGACCGCGCGAGCGCUUCGAGCGUUCCACGUCGACGAUGAGACGUUUGCAAAAUGCAUCGUCGACGAAAUGGAAAAUAACGUGGACGACGAUGUGACUUUUCACUGGCUGAACGCCGUCGCGCGCGUUCUCGAUUGGAGCUCGUUGUUGCGCGCGAUGGAUGCAGACAGGCGAAAAGAAUUCACGGUCGACGCGUUAGCGCUGGCGCCGAGUGUCAAUAAAGCGUUCGCGAUUGCGCUGUGCGGUGAUGCUGCGAUGCAAACGCAAAUAUUCGUCUCGCUCGUCAACGCGGUGUUGGAGGCGUCGCCAGAUGAUGAAUCUGCCGAAGACGCGUUGCUCAAUUUUUCGCGUCGCGCUCGCGCGCUCGACGAGGCUUGGAUCGACAAUCACGCCGAUGUCGUGCGCGAGUUCCUCGACGCGUCAAGCGCGAAGCGCGAUACGUGUUCAAAUCGUUUGACGCGAGUCAUACCGUGGAUAUUACCCUCUGACAUGUCUGGGGGCGCGCACGCCGAGCGUUUCAUCGCUGAGCUCACGCGCGAGGUGAUUGCGGAUAUCGAAAACCGUCGCCGACGAUUGGAUGGCGCUAAGAUUCGACUCGUCGCCGCAUGUUUUAGCCGCGCGGACGACUUGGGUGAAACGAUUGUCGUGCAUUCGAUUCAAGACCCCGCGUGCGCGCCUCUCGUGGAGGUGUUUCGCGCGAUUGCCAAACGAGAAGCGGCAGAGGCCGCCGCGAGCGCCGCCGCGGCGCGCUUCGGCGACGCUGGCGAUAGCGAGUCGCGCGAUGGUUCGAGUGCAUCUGAUGUAGGCAUCGCCGCGCUCACCGCGGCAAUCAUUCGUCGCACCGCCGCGGAUUUCGAUUCUCGAGAUUGGGGCUCUAUAAUCGGGCGAUUGCACGCGUGGACGGCGUUGCGGGCGAAGAUGGCGGAGACGUACGCAGAGAACGAAGCCGUCGACGGGGACGACGGUUCACAGUCGGCGCACGCUGCGGCGACGAUCGUGUGUCUCAUCGAUGCGUUACCGAUGGAACUUCUUGAAGCCACGGAUUCGUCUUCGGGUGAUCUCGUUCCUUACGCGGCGCAUGGGUCGUCGAUGAUGACCAUCGCCAAGGCGCUCGCGAAUGCGUCGUGGCCGCGCGAGCGCGCCGAAAUCGUCGAACGUUUAUAUCGUUGCGUCAUCAUCACCGGUACCGAGCUGCGCGACGUCGAAGAGGAGGACGACGACGAGCGUCGACAUCGCUUCUGGGCCCGAUGCCGGGACGAGACGCGCAUGUGGAUACGCAUCGCUGACAUUGCGUGCGGCGGCACGCCGACAAAGACGAGCGCGUGGCGAGCCGGCGUUUACGUAGACGCGUGGGACGAUGCCCCGUGUGAAUCCAUAGGCGCGCUUUACCAGUUGCUCGCCAUGUUGCCGACGUUGUGGUUCGACGUUUCGGCCGCCGACGACGACGAAGUAUUGGAAGCGCUCAGGCGCGCGGCUUAUGGUUUGCUUUCCAACGAAGCGCUCAUCCAAGCCGCCGUCGUCGGCUUGGACGCGGGAAUCGCAGACGUCGCCAAGGUGGAGCAAGCCCUCGACGCCGCGCUCGCGGCCGCGGACGAGAACGACGAAGCAGACGUCGGUAACUUUGGGACACCCGCCGAAAGCGCCGGAUUGCGCGAAGAUUUGGCGACACUCCUAUCGAGCGCCGGGUACGAGCCACGCGUCGCGUGGUUAGGCUGGGCCUUGCUCUUCCGCUACGUCCUCGCCUUGCCCAUCGAGUCUUCGUGCAGGGAGCGUUUGGUGAAUUAUACGCGCGAAACAAAGGCGAUUCCAUCGCUUAUGCGCGACAUCAUGCGCUCGAUGCCCCUUCCCGAGAGUGCGGACGUAGAAAGCGAAGACGAUUUGCCGUCGUCGUGGCGAGGCGUCGAUUGGGACAAUCCCGCGUCGGCGACGCAAAUUUAUGAUCCGAGAUUCUCGUUCGAAGUCUUAAUGUACGCCGCCGCGCUCCGCGCGCUUCCAGCGAGCGUUCGAGCGUUCGUAAGCGACAUGAAACCUCAACGCGACGCCAAGCGUCUCGAAGGUGCCACCUCGGCGACGGUUUCGCCGACGCUCAUCGCCGCCGAAUUCAAAGCCGUCUCCGCCAUGACGUUCGCCGGCGACGGCACGGGAUCACUCACCGUCAAGCCCUCCAUCGCCACGCGCGAAUUUCUCACGACGUACGAAAUCGACGAAUCCUCCCUCGAGCUCACCGUGCGUCUCCCCAACGCCUACCCCCUCGCCCCGGCGGAGCUCGUCUGCGCCAAGCGCGUCGGCAUCUCCGAGGCUCGCCUUCGCAAAUGGAUGCUCGGCAUCUCCGCCAUCCUCAAGCAUCAAAACGGUGCCGUCGCCCAGGCUUUACUCCAAUGGCAGCGCAACAUCGACGCCGAGUUCGCCGGCGUGGAGCCGUGUCCGAUUUGCUACGCCGUCAUCCACCCCGUGGAUCAUCAAAAGCCUCGCCUGCGCUGUCGCCAGUGCUCGAACACCUUUCACGCCACCUGUCUCUACACCUGGUUCCGCACGUCGAGCAAGAGUUCGUGUCCACUGUGCGUCACGCCGUGGGGGAGUUCGUACCGUUAG